CAAUGAUAGGGAGGUUGGACAGCCCGGUCCCCCCAGUGCCAGCCCAAUAGACUGAUGAGUUAUUGUCAUGUAAAAAAGCGCUAGCAAUAAGACCAAACGCUUUGCUAUUGUCCAAGCAGGAAAGAGCCAAGUUUAUUAUGAGGACUAUAUGCUCUAGAGACCUCGAGGCUAGGCGGCUCCUCUUAGGGGGCUUUUCAUAAAACAGGGCUAGGUUCCUAUAAAGGAGGCCAGUUUUGGAGCAGGCGCUGAGCAGUGAACAUCUAGUCACCGUCCAGCCUUCUUUUAAAAAACCAGUUCAAACCCAAACAAAGUCAUCUUUUUCUCCCAAACUCAAACCUCUUUUUUUUUUUUUACUUUCUAAACCCAAUUUUUUUUGGGGGGGUGUAUAGUUUUUUUGUCUUUUUUUUUUUGCAGCUUUCUAACUUCCACAGAGAUCUUCUCAAAUGUAUAAAAUGGAGUAUUCUUACCUAAAUUCCUCUGCCUACGAGUCAUGUAUGGCCGGGAUGGACACCACGAGCUUGGCAUCGGCCUAUGCGGACUUCAGCUCGUGCAGUCAAGCCAGUGGGUUUCAGUACAAUCCCAUCAGGACCACUUUCGGAGCCACCUCCGGCUGUCCGUCCCUCACACCCGGGUCCUGCAGCCUGGGGACUCUGCGGGACCACCAGAGCAGCCCGUACGCAGCAGUUCCCUACAAACUGUUCACGGAUCACGGAGGACUGAACGAGAAGAGGAAGCAGAGGCGCAUCCGGACCACGUUCACCAGCGCGCAGCUGAAGGAGCUGGAGCGGGUCUUUGCAGAGACGCACUAUCCGGACAUCUACACCCGAGAGGAGCUGGCUCUCAAGAUCGAUCUGACUGAAGCCAGAGUGCAGGUGUGGUUCCAAAACCGACGCGCCAAGUUUCGCAAGCAGGAGCGCGCAGCUGCAGCGGCCGCAGCGGCUGCAAAGAACAACUCCGGGAAGAAAUCAGAUCCAAGAGACGAAGACAGCAAAGACAACAAAUCUACCGACCCGGACAGCACAGGAGGACCGGGACCGAACCCGAUCUCCACCUCCAACAACAACAACAACAACUGCGGAGGACCGAGCCCCACCGGAGGCCAGGUGAACACCUCCGGGAACAACCAGGUGGACCAGGUGAAGAGCUCCGUGUCCUCCGGCAUGGUGGGAGUGACAGCAGCGAGCCAAGGCUGGGCCACCAACCCGGGCACCAUCACCUCCAUCCCGGACUCAUUGGGCGGACCGUUCGCCAGCGUACUGUCGUCUUUGCAAAGACAGAACGGAGCCAAAGCUACAUUAGUAAAGACCAGCAUGUUCUAAUGAAGCUCCAACAGAAGCAGAAAGGAGAGGAAGAGACUGAAAAGCAAACUUAAGGACAAUAAAAAAGCAGUUUAAAAAGAAGAUGACAACUCUGUUAUUUUAUUUUAUUAUGCCUUGCGCCGUUUCUUGUGGUCAGUUGGCACUUUUUCUUUUUUUGCUGUGAAAAUAAUCCAUCUUGACAAAGUCAUGUCUGAUAAUAACAUCGUUUUUGUUUUGUUAAAACGAGCUCAAGAUGGGUGAAAUGUUUUCCUGUCUAAAGACUGAAAUCCUGCAAAAAGGCAGAUGUCAUUAUUACUGUUCUAAUAUCAACAAAAUGACACUUCAUGCGUAAAUUCAGAACAACACAUUCCCAAAGCAAACAUUUCCUAUAAGAAACAAACGACACAUUGCCCCAGAGACAAACUUAAGGACAAUAAAAAAAGCAGUUUAAAAAAAGAAGAUGACAACUCUGUUAUUUUAGUUGUCAUGUUGUUUUUGAUGUUUUUUUGCACCAUGUAUUGCCUCAAUUAUUCUGCAUUGUUUCAGGACUCUGGUCCUCUGCAUUGAAACAUGUUCAUUUUAACAGAUGUAAAGACCAAUUUUGUCGUUUGGGUUCGUUUUUUAUGUUUAAAUCUCCUUAUUUUGGACAGAUGAAACAUCUGCAACUGAGGUGAAGUCACCUUGCGUAAAAAAGUGAAUGGUUUUGAUGUUUUUGCCCCAUAAGAGAGUUGUCAUCUUCUACAGAGUUGUCAUCUUCUUGUGGUCA